AUGGCGCCCCCCAAGAAGGUGGCCCUGCGCCGGGCGGCCCUCGCGGGCCUCUCGGUCGCCGCCGUCGCCGUGCUCGGCUACCGGUCGCAGUUCGGCUCGCUGGGCGAGGCCGUGUCGAGCGCGGGCACCCAGCUCGCGGCCCUGGCCGGCGAGCGGCCCGACGACAACAGCGACACGCCGAGCCCCGUCAAGGUGCACGCCCACAAGGUCCAAUCGACGUGGAACAUGACGGACAAGAAGGCCGUCGUCUACGGCGACCUCGGCGACGACGACGUCGCCGCGCUCUUCAGUAAGUUCCAGGAGGACUUCUCGACGACCUACUCGAGCCCCGACGAGAC